GGGGCGGGUCGGGGCGGGCCCACGGGCGGCCGGAUCUGCCCGAGGCCGCACCCGCCUCCGGCGGGGCCCUCAGUGAAAAAUGUACUCUGACCUGAAUCCUGAAUUUUCCUUGAUGGUCAAAAGAUUAAGUCGGAGUCUUGCUCUGUCGCCCAGGCUGGAGAGGAGUGGCACAAUCUCGGCUCGCUGCAACCUCCACUUCCCGGGUUCAAGUGAUUCUCCUGCUUCAGCCUCCCAAGUAGCUGGGAUUACAGGUGCCUGCCACCACGCCCGCCUAAUUUUUGUACUUUCAGUAGAGAUGAGGUUUCACCAUGUUGGCCAGGCUGCUCUUGAACUCCUGACCUUGUGAUCCGCCUGCCUCCGCCUCCCAGUGUUGGGAUUAUAGGUGUGAGCCACCACACCCAGCCACUAAGAAAUCAUGAGUGGAGGAUCUCAAGUCCACAUUUUUUGGGGUGCUCCAGUUGCUCCACUGAAAAUCACAGUAUCAGAAGACACAGCUUCUUUAAUGUCUGUUGCUGACCCCUGGAAAAAAAUUCAGCUUUUAUACAGUCAACAUUCUUUAUAUCUGAAGGAUGAAAAACAGCACAAAAAUCUUGAAAACUAUAAAGUCCCAGAAUCUAUUGGUUCUCCAGAUCUUAGUGGUCAUUUCUUAGCAAACUGUGUGAAUAGACAUGUUCAGGUGAAAGAUGACUUUGUACAUUCUGUUUCUGAAACACAGAAUAUAGAAUCCCAGAAGAUUCACUCCUCUAGACUGAGUGAUAUAACUAGCUCUAAUAUGCAAAUAUGUGGAUUUAAAAGCACAGUUCCGCAUUUAACCGAAGAAGAAAAGUAUCAAAAGCUUCUCAGUGAAAAUAAAAUGAGAGAUGAACAGCCUAAACAUCAGCCAGAUAUAUGUGGUAAGAACUUUAACACAAAUUUGUUUCAGUUGGGCCAUAAAUGUGCAGCUGUGUUGGAUUUGGUUUGUAGUACUGAAAAAAUUAAUAUAGGGCCUGAAGUGGUACAAAGAGAGUGUGUGCCAACAGAAUAUCAUGAAAUACAAAACCAGUGUUUGGGAUUAUUUUCCUCGAACGCAGUAGAUAAGUCAAGGUCUGAAGCAGCAGUUAGGAAGGUCUCAGACCUUAAAAUAUCAACUGAUACAGAAUUUCUCAGUAUAAUUACCUCCAGCCAGGUUGCUUUUUUAGCUCAAAAGAAAGAUAAAAGGCGGAGUCCUGUAAAUAAAGGGAAUGUAAACAUGGAGACUGAACCAAAGGCAAGUUACGGGGAGAUAAGAAUACCUGAAGAGAAUUCGAUUCAGCUUGAUGGUUUUACAGAAGCAUAUGAAAGUGGACAAAACCAAGCAUAUUCCCUUGAACUUUUUAGUCCUCUUUGUCCUAAAACAGAAAAUAGCCGCAUUCACAUAAACUCUGAUAAAGGUCUUGAAGAACAUACAGGAUCUCAAGAACUUUUCAGUUCUGAAGAUGAACUGCCACCAAAUGAGAUACGUAUUGAGUUGUGUAGCUCAGGAAUACUGUGUUCCCAACUAAAUACCUUCCACAAAAGUGCUAUUAAAAGAAGCUGUACCUCUGAUGAUAAAGUGGGCCAGUCUGAAGCUCUAUCUAGAGUCCUUCAAGUAGCUAAGAAAAUGAAGUUGAUUUCUAAUGGAGGAGAUUCUGCUGUAGAAAUGGAUCGGAGAAAUGUGUCUGAAUUUAAGAAUAUUAAAAAAACAUCAUUAAUAAAAAACUGUGAUUCUAAAAGCCAGAAGUAUAAUUGUUUAGUCAUGGUGCUAUCUCCAUGCCAUGUGAAGGAAAUAAACAUAAAAUUCGGACCAAAUUCUGGCUCUAAAGUGCCUUUAGCAACAGUUACAGUAAUUGAUCAAUCAGAAACUAAGAAGAAGGUUUUUCUGUGGAGGACUGCAGCAUUUUGGGCAUUUACAGUGUUUCUUGGAGAUAUAAUUUUACUCACAGUCCUAGCUUUCAGAAUGCUCUCCUUGAAAUUUCUCGUCUGUUCCUUUUUUCUGAAGAACAUGCAUCCUGAAUGUUGGAUCAUGAAAAGUCUUGAAUGCUGUACUAGCUCUUCCUGGCUAGGCAGUGGGGAACCACUGUUUUUUAAUGUUGUUAUUCAUGAGGACCAAUGGAUUGGUGAGACAGUACUACAAUCAACAUUUAGCAGUCAGUUAUUAAAUCUUGGGAGUUAUUCAUCUAUUCAGCCUGAAGAAUAUUCCAGUGUAGUUAGUGAUGUUGUACUUCAAGACUUACUGGCAUAUGUGUCCUCAAAACAUUCCUACCUCAGAGAUCUUCCUCCGAGGCAGCCUCAGAGGGUGAACAGUAUAGACUUUGUAGAAUUGGAGCACCUUCAACCUGAUGUAUUAGUCCACGCAGUACUAAGAGUUGUUGAUUUCACUAUACUGACAGAGGCAGUAUACAGUUAUAGAGGACAGAAGCAGAAAAAAGUUAUGUUAACAGUGGAACAGGCCCAAGAUCAACAUUAUGCGCUUGUAUUAUGGGGUCCUGGAGCAGCCUGGUACCCUCAACUUCAAAGGAAAAAAGGUUAUAUUUGGGAAUUUAAAUAUCUUUUUGUUCAGUGCAAUUACACACUAGAAAACCUAGAAUUGCAUACAACGCCUUGGUCAUCCUGUGAGUGCUUGUUUGAUGAUGAUAUAAGGGCAAUUACAUUUAAAGCAAAAUUUCAAAAAACUGCACCCUCCUUUGUGAAGAUAUCAGACUUAGCAACCCACCUAGAGGAUAAGUGUUCAGGAGUGGUUCUAAUUAAAGCCCAGAUUUCAGAGCUGGCAUUUCCUAUUACAGCAGCUCAGAAGAUAGCUCUAAAUGCUCACAGUUCUCUGAAGAGUAUUUUUUCUUCUCUUCCCAACAUCGUAUAUACUGGCUGUGCAAAAUGUGGAUUGGAACUAGAAACAGAUGAGAACAGGAUCUACAAACAAUGUUUUAGCUGCUUGCCAUUUACUAUGAAGAAAAUAUAUUAUAGGCCAGCGUUAAUGACUGCCGUUGAUGGAAGACAUGAUGUUUGCAUCCGUGUAGAAUCAAAGCUGAUAGAGAAGAUUCUUCUCAACAUUUCUGCAGACUGCCUCAACAGAGUGAUAGUUCCUUCCUCAGAGAUCACCUAUGGGAUGGUCGUGGCAGACCUGUUCCACUCCUUGUUGGCAGUCAGCGCAGAACCUUGUGUAUUGAAGAUUCAGAGCCUUUUUGUGUUAGAUGAAAACAGCUAUCCGUUACAACAAGAUUUCUCCCUCCUGGAUUUUUAUCCUGACAUUGUAAAGCAUGGAGCCAAUGCCCGUCUCUGAGGCCAGAGGAAGAAAUUGCAGGCAUUUCAAGGAAGAAGUACUGAAAUGAUUUGUCUUUUGAAAUAAAUGAAUGACAGGGCUUUUGCUUUGGAUUUUUUAUGAAAUAUAUUUUACAAAGAGAAUUGCACUAGAUAUAUAAAUUAAAACUUUUUUCUAAGAAAAUCCUGUGAGGUUUAAAAAGAUUGUUUUUGUCUUUUGGUUUCUUCCUUUCUUCUGGAGAAAUGAUCUACCAGUCAAGGCAAUAUGUAGCAGAUCCCUGGGAAUUAAAGGUUUGCCCAUUUGUUCACUGUAUUUAGUCCCUGCUACAUUCCAGGCAUUGUACUAAGUAUGGGGAACCACAGAGAAGACAUUCCCUCAGAAACUGCUGCAGUGCUUUCGCUUAUCCCUACCUUAAAAACCGUCAAUGUGAAAUCAUUUCCUUGAUUAUAACUGUAAUGAUAAUGGAUUAGUUUAUAUAAACCUGUUUAGACAAGUUCAAGACAAGCGUGUCUUUCUAUAAAAAGUAUUGAAAAUGAAGGAAAUGAGAUCAUGUUUCAAUUUAUUAAAGCAGGGAAGAGCGUUCUGUGGUUAGUUCGUGUCUAGGAUUUGAGUGCCUUACUGAAUGUGUUUACCAGCAAACAUGUAGCAAUCUGUUCUCUCAUUGUGAUUGUGGAAGAAGCUCAUGUAAAAUGAUAGUCAUUAAUGAGGAAGUAUGGCGUGGUACUUAUUCUGUAAGUUCAGAGUAUGCUGAGUGUUAAUAGAUUAUCAUAUUGCCUGAAAAUAAAUUCAUGAUGACAUGAACAA